CAAGAAGUCAAAAGACAAAAGACACCAAAGGCCAGCCAAAGAGAGAGAUGAGAACCUUUCAGAGCCAAAGUCAGCGCGGAGCCUUCAGCACCCUGCACAGCCUCAGCAGCAGCGCCAUGAGUCCACUCCGCACGGCCAGCAUCACCUUCGCAGCCCUCCUCAUCCUCACCAUACCAGUCUGCCAAAAUUGAUGCCAUGUGCUCAUCCUACCUCUCUGAAGACCUGAGGUUUUUGGCAUCUGAUGUCUUAGGAGAACUCUGUGUGUUGAUGCUGGUUCAGAAAUCAAAGGAGCUGAAUGUGAGAGAAAAUAGCAAAAGGGCCGACCUCCAGGGACCUGGAGGAAUCCAGAGCAGAGGCUACUUUCUCUAUCGGCCACGGAAUGGGAGAAGAUCCUUAGAGUAUGAAUGAACUAAAGAGUCUCCACCUCUGAAGCUUAGUGUACAGAGACAAAACAGACCCUGAGACCCAGGCUGCUGCACCGCCACUGAGUGAUCCAGACAUCAAACACAUCCCUCUGCCUCUGCUUUAUAGUGAUGUUUGAAUGUACACAAUGGAUAUUAAUUAAAACACUAUUAAUUUAUCCAUAUUUUGUUUUGUGUUAUUAAAACUGCUAUCUGUGGCUGGGUGUAGUUGUGUAAUUUUGUUUCAGUGUGAUUAGUUCUAUUUCAGUACAUUUGAAAACAGUGUAAAAUAGAGUGAAGGAGUGAA